AUUUCAACAACCAGGUGCAUUUUAGUCAUUUUUCUAUCAUAUAAGACAAACACCUUAAAAAUCAUUAGAUUGUGCUGACGAUCUUUCAAUCAAAGACCAUCGUCAAACACACUUCAAUGGACCGAAAAGUUACCAUCCACCUCGUACACACUGUCCACGUGUCAUGAUAUACAAAAUCCGAACCAUCAAAAAGGUUAACCCACCUUGAAAAUCAUUGCCCAAAAAAAAUUAGGCUGAUCCAUUCAUCAGGUGGGCCACACUAUUUCAACAGGGGACAUCAAAUUUAUGUCUCACCUGAUGAGUGGACUGGGCCUGAUUUCCACACAAUAUGAUCUUGAAGGUCCUCCACCCUCUUCAACGGCUUAGAUGCCGCAUACCCAUUACUCGUUGGCCGUAUGUCCUAACUUUGAUCAAUUCUCUUAAUCAUAUAAUAAUUUAUAAAAUUCCAUUUUAAUAUCAAAUGAGGAAACUGCAGUCUUUGAUUGAAGUUGGAAUGGAAGUUCUUGUUUUUGUCUGCUACCCAAUUCCUACCUUCCCUUCUAUAUAUCAUCAGUUCCUUCUCUUCUCUUCCCAACAUGAGAAAAGACUCCUCAAAAGCAUUUUUUGAAUUGUAACAUGUCUACUAGUGUCACACAUGAAGUGGUAGAAGUAGAAGAAGAAGAAGAGUUACAAAGCGCUUCUCUUCUCCAACAUCCCUUAGAUGGCGAUGGGCCCACCGCCGCAACUGCGAAGAAGAAACGGAAUCUUCCAGGAAAUCCAGACCCAGAUGCUGAAGUCGUAGCUCUGUCGCCACAGACUCUAAUGGCAACGAACCGUUACAUGUGCGAGGUGUGCCACAAAGGCUUCCAGAGGGACCAAAACCUUCAACUACAUAGGAGAGGCCACAACUUGCCAUGGAAGCUGAAGCAAAGGACAAGUGCUCAUAUUCAGAAGAAGGUGUACAUUUGCCCAGAGACGAGCUGUGUGCACCAUGACCCGAGUCGGGCUCUCGGAGACCUGACCGGCAUUAAGAAGCACUACUGUAGGAAGCAUGGAGAGAAGAAGUGGAAAUGCGAUAAGUGCUCGAAGUGUUACGCUGUCCAAUCGGAUUGGAAGGCUCAUGCAAAGAUCUGUGGAACGAAAGAAUACCGGUGCGACUGUGGGACCAUUUUUUCAAGGAGGGAUAGCUUCAUUACCCACAGAGCCUUCUGUGAUGCCUUGACAGAAGAGAAUAACAAGAUGCAACAGCAACAAUCCCUUUACUCCAUUGGAGGAAUGUUAGAUAAUCAAUCACAGCAACUGGGCCCACCUUCAAUGCCCACUUCAAAUCCCAUCUCAACCACAAACACAUCCAUGAAUUUGACCCUUUCUAAUCAAAUCAUGAACAGUCCAUCAUCCUCAUAUUCGACUCCAUCGGCAUUUUCGUUCCCGGACAAUCCAUGCGCAUCCUCUGAGCGAGCUGCCUGCAUUCAGAUCAAUGGGUGCAAUUCAGCUGGUUUGGCAGUUGGGUCUUCUUACAUGUCUGCAACAGCUUUGUUACAGAAAGCUGCUGUAAUGGGGGCAAUGAGCAGCGACAAUUCGAUCUCUCCGGUCCUUCUUAGAGGCUUUGCAGGCCACAUGAGUAGCAUCGGACCACACGGAUCAGUUCAAGAUCGAACGGAUGCUUCAACUGGGAAGAGCUCACAAUGUGGGCUACUUGAUUCCCAUCUGUUGGUGCAACAGGAAAAUAUCAAUUUUGGUAAUCAUUUGGAAGGAGUGUUCAUGGAUGGAGUCCAAUCUGGGGGAGAAUGUGACAGGACCGUUGAUUUCUUGGGCUUGGGUCCGUCGGGCCAUCUGGAUAUUGGUGAUCGGAGCUUCAACAAUAACACAAUUGGCUUAGGAUAUUCAGAUGAGCAACAGAACCUGCAUAACAUGAAUUCCUAUCAUUAUAUAUCGAAUGAUCCAAUGGCAUUGGAGAAAUCCAUGUGGAACUUUUAGACAUCGGUGGACCGUUUAACGAAUUUAUUAUCAGAAGCAGAAGAAAUAGAUGGUUGGUAGAAAUAUAAUGAUUUGCAUGUGUUUGUUCUGUUUUCUCGACGGGUCUAAAUUUCUGCGAUCACAGGAGAGAAAAUGCUGAUCUUUUCGAUAGGAAAUUUGUACUUUCGAACCCUUUGAUUUUACUAGGAAAGCAUGGAGCUUGCAGCAGAGGAAAUCAAAUAGAUUUCUUAUAAACAUGAUAGAGCCCUUACAGUGAAAAAAGUAAAAAAAAAACAGAUCGAUCAAUGCCCAAAAGAUAAAGAGUGAAGUGUUGUGAGGCUGGGAUUCGUUUUGGUUGCAUGCUCUCUCAGCAUGCUUUGGAAAUGAUAAUUCACAUGAGCCUUUGAUUCCAAUGGUCGAAACUGGAAUUAGCAGAAUAAAUAUCAUUUAUAAUGUUAUAAUAUGAUGAGUUUAGAUUUCUGGAUUUAGCAGACCAUUGUGGGGAUUUCCCGGUCUCCACCACGAAGAUUGGUUAGGAUCAAGGGGGCCUCAUGGCAAUUGAUCCAACAUAUAUGACGACGAUUGUGGUAGUGUUCGAUAUUCAGGUGAAUUGAAAUGUGAGAAUUCAUUCCAAUUAAGAAGAAUUGAAUUAUUUUGACAAUGUUUCCUAGUAUUUUUAUAAUGAGGAAGCCGCCCUCGAAAUACAAUUAUGGUAUUACCAAA